AUGUCUCAAUUACACAUCCCCCCCUCCAACUCCACAGUCCAAGUCUCCAUAAUCGACACUACUUUCGACUCCAACCUCCCAACGGCCCAUUUCAUGGGCCCAACGAUCACCGGCUUCGAAAACUUCCAGCUCGUCGCCUACGCCUUUCUCGUUACCCAUAAAGACCACACAACAGGCAAAGAACGCAGAAUCGUAUUUGACCUUGGCUGUCCAAAAGACCCAGAUAACGACUUUCCUCCAAGCACUGCCCAGUUAAUCAAGGGACUUGGGGGAUAUGUAAAAGCCAGUAAAGAUGUUUCGGAGACGCUGACGGAGCAUGGCGUUGGGUUGGGUAGUAUUGAGGCUGUGAUAUGGAGUCAUGCACACUUCGACCAUGUCGGCCACCCCUCUCUCUUUCCCAAAUCAACAUCCCUCCUUGUCGGCCCGGGCGUGAAAACGUCUUACUUUCCCGGAUACCCAGCAAACAAGGCCUCUCCGGUCUUGGCUUGUGAGUUCGAAGGCCGCGAAGUCAGAGAACUAGAUUUCAGCACUUCAGAUCUCGAAAUCGGUACCCUAAAGGCUAUCGAUUACUUUGGAGAUAGAAGUUUCUACCUCAUUUCCGCGCCAGGGCACGCAGUAGGCCAUGUUAAUGCUCUAGCACGCACGACUAGCGACAGUUUCAUCCAUUUCGCAGGUGAUUCGUUCCACCACGCCUCUGAGCUACGGCCUCAUGGCGGUCAUGGCGCUUCUCUUCCACUAUCUAUGAAAAUACCAGGCUUCGGCUGUCCCUGCUCCGGCUCGACAUUCCACGCAAUCCACCCUCUCAACCAUUCCAGAAUCCCUGAGCACUACCAAAGAUACUACGAUCAAGUCCCUAACGACCCCAACAAAGUCCCCUUCCACACCUUAUCCGAGACAGAGUCUGGGGAGACGAUGGCUGUGGAUCUGGCUGUAGCGAGGGAUACCAUUAAAGCAGUGCAGAGUUUCGAUUCCGAUCCGAGGGUCUUUGUGAUUGCGGCGCAUGAUAUGUCUCUGUAUGGAGUCCUUGAGUAUUUUCCAGAGUCUGCUAAUGAUUGGAGGGAGAGGGGGUGGAAGGAGGAGGGAUAUUGGCUAUUUUUGAGGGAUUUUGGGAGGGCUGUUGAGGUGGCCGGGCGAGAUUAG